UUAAUUGAGCGUUAUCGCAGUGCUUCAGAAUGGGGUCUGCCGAUCCAGGUUCCCUGGCUGGCAUUACCAUCAAGGCUGUUGCAAGUGUUUUCAUCUCUGCAGCUUGCUCCAUCCUAGCUGAUCACCUAACAGGCUGCAAUGCGCAGCGAUGGCUGCGGUCAAAGCUGAGAUGGGGAUGGAAGAGGGCACCCCAUGAGGAGCGGAAGAAGUCUGCUGACGAAGCAAUCCACAUUGGUUAUGCAGACUACUUGCACAACACCUCUGGCACAAACACUCUACAUCACAAUCUAUCCGAAAUGGACAACGAGGAAGAUUGGGAAGAUUGGGAUGAGGAAGCAAGGACUUUGCACCAUAUGUUGCAGUUGGACGGACAGAGUGAUCGUGGAAACCUUGCAGCUGUUAGGGGCAAUUGGGGGGAGGAGGAUGACAUAAUGGAUGUCCUCAAGCUGGCGAUCCCAGUUAUGGAUUUUAGAAAAGGUUCAGACCUGGGCAUGCAUACCAGUCACUCUUUCAAGGAGGAGGAUUGCUCCAGCUCUGCAGACUCGUGCAGGGUGGCAUCUAUCACCACCAAGAGGGAGUUGGAAAGAGAGGGAAUUUGUGAUACCACCACCGUCCCAGUUGUCUCUGAUGCCAAGGCACCUUUGAUGGCUUUUUCACCUAUUUUUUUGUCCUCUUAUGCACCAGUGGGCACUGUUGAGCUUAUCGAAGCGGAGGCCCAGAGUCGCUCUCUAUCCUUGUCAGCAAAGGUAGCUCCCCUUAAAACAUGUGGUUUUCUUAAGCAAACAACAGAGGUGAGAAAUGUGGAGAACGAAGAGGAGGAGGAGAAGAAUUGGCCUUGUGAGCAGAAGCAGAAGCAGGAGGAAGAGGAGGAGGAGGAGGAGGAGGAAGAAGGAGAGAACGGUGAUGGUGAUGAUGAGAUAGGUGAAGAGGAAGAUGCAGAGGAAGAUGUGGAGGAAGAUGUCGCAGAAGAUGCAGAGGAAGAUGAGGAGGAAGAUGAGGAGGAAGAUGAGGAGGAAGAUGAGGAGGAGAAAGAGGAGGAGGAGGAGGAGGAGGACGACGACGACGAGGAGGAAGAGACCACAGGAGGAGGAAGAGAGGAUCCAAUAGGAAAGGAAGCACAUAGGGAACACGAGUUCGAGCAACUGGCAGUGACACUGGAGAACCUUGAAGAUGAAUAUAAUAAGAAAGUUGAGGCAGUGGCAGGAGAGACCUCCUUGAAUGAAGUAGCCGAGGAGAGGGAAGAGGGUGAGGGGGAGGCGGAGGCAGAGGACGAGGAGGAGGAGGAGGAGGGGGAGGAGGGUAACGAGAGAAUGCAAGUGGUUGUAAGACAAUUUCAAGCGGGAAACAAGAGGGUUCAUGCGCCAAAGGCAUGCUGGAAAAACAACAAAGGCGAAAGAAUGGCUUUGGGUGUAAGGGAUGGGGUGGAAGCUCUGCGAAUGGAAACCGCAGAUUCUUUCAGCGAUACAGAGCUUAGCCAGUCUGACUCCAUGAAGAACAGGCUUUCUGACUUCAUGGGCUCAACUGAUGAAUACAGAAAUGAGCACGCAAUGGGAGGAGUGGAGCGAGAGAAAGUGCAGAUGACACAGGUAAAACGCAACAUAACAGUACUGGAUUCUGUAGUGAACGGGCAGAAGGAACAUGCUGAACCUGCGCUGAAUGGAAUGACAGCGUCAAGGGCGAGUGGUUUGGAGGAGAUGCUAACAAUAGAAAGCCGGGGUGAGAGUGACAGCAGCGGCAAUGAAGUGAGGGUGGAGGUGAGGGAGGCAGCACAAGAAGAGGGUGAUGAUACCAACAACAGGAGAGCCGAACAACCAGAAGCGGCGUGGGUAACAAUCGAUCCACUGCUUCACGGAGCGGCAGCUGUGGAAGAAGAGACACUAGCAAGCAGGAGGGGUGAAACAGCUGUAGUUGAUGUGGUGAAGGUGGGCAGUUCCUUAACUGACAUGAGGGAUGUUGACAAAGAAAUCCACUCGGCGCCGUUGGCGGGCUUGCAUGACGACACUUGUGAGGACAAAGAAAAAGGGAUGGAAUUGGAUAAGGAAGAUGGUGCAGCCCUUGAUGAAGGUGGGCGCGAUGAAAAGGGCCAUGUGCAGUGCACUUCUUCGUCCUCGUCCCCUUUCUCUGAUGAGGAGCGAAGUGAUGGCGGUGGAGGUGAGAAUGGCAAGCAAGUGCUGAGGAUGACAAAGGAAUUGGUGAUGGGGAAUGCGCAGGGACAGAUUGUGUCAGAGCUAUUCCAGGGCAAGGCAGCGAUGCAGAUGCACACUCAAGAGGAGGUGGAGACACUGGGGGAAGUUGACCCGGGUGCCGUAGUGUGUGGAGAUGGGCCGUGCGUGCCAAAGACGGAUAAUCGUGAAGGGAUGAUAGAGAAAGAGAUGGUGGACUCAAAAGAGGGAGAAAGACUAUCUCAAGAAAGCAGUGAUUCUGGGACGCAAUCAGGGAUCCUUGAAUCCAAGGUCCUCAUGCCGAAGCGUGAGGUAAUUUGUACUGAAAGUUGCGAUGAUACUGCAGACCCGCCAGAGUUGGUGGACACCACAGCACAGAUUCAGGAAAUAAAGAACGUAAGUAGGGAAAGGGAGGAUGAGGUGGAGCAAGGGGCAGUCAAUCACGACGAGGAAGCUAGAAACAGGGAGCUGAUGGUGAACGCUAUGACCCCACCACAGCUGUCAAAGCAAGAAGACAACAGGAUGGCGGUCACGGAGUCCAGCAAAGAAGUUGAAGUGAAGGAGCAGCAGCAAGAGGGAGCCUUGGAGGAGACGAGAAGACAGGUGGUCGCUGCUAUAGACCUGUCAUCCACGGAUGAUGGAAGGGGAGAGCUCGACUCGAACUCGAAAGGUCCAAAUUUGCUUGAGGGGAUUCAAGUGGUGCGGAAUGUCGUUCAUAUGGAAGAGGGGGCGGACAAAGGUGGGGAAUCUCAGAUGUCGUCGACAGGUGAUUGUGGUAUGCGGGUGCUUUGCACUGGUGUUGAUAAUAACAAUGACAGUAAGAACUUUUUGUCGGUAAAUGAGAUGGACCUCCCGGCGGAGGGAGGGAGUUGCCAAGUGGUCCACUCUGAAAGAAAAAGGUUGGUGGUGGAAGCCUCUCUUCUUGCAGAAUUUGAGCUCGCCACUCAAUGCAGCAGCAAGAGGGCUAAGGAGAGUGAGGAGGAUGCAGGACCUCUGGUGAAGAAGAAGAAGAGGCGAGUUGUUGAUCGUCUUCGGGCAUCUGGCAUAAAGAUCAAAGGUUGUUCCGCAUCUCAUGUUCACGGCUGCAGCCACACCUCCAGCUCCGCUUUGGAGCAAAGAUCCUCCGUCCUUGCAACCCUUGGGCAGAAUGGGAAGCUGGGAACAGAGAAGCAGAUGGAUAGCCCCAUCAGCAUCCACGUGCGUCGUGUGGCCGGCAUGCAUAGCCAGGAGGCACAUGCGGACAACUGUGCCCAGGCAGCCUGCAGUUCUGUGGAAGUUGAGGGUGGUUCCCUUGCAACGAAUCAUAGCAGCCAAAGUCCUAAUCUUGUUGAAGCUCAGAAAUCUGGAUCUUUUGGCAAUGACGACGAACAAGUACGAGACUCUUCCAACUAUCCUCGAAGUGAAUCUGAGAUCGCAGUGUGUUAUCCCCUGAUGCCGCUGACGGCUAGUAGUCAAGAGCAGUCAGAGAAAGGCGAACGAGAGGGUGCUGUCGACGAGGAAAGAAUUGAUGAAGACGCAGCAGACAAUUGUUCGGCUGGCAAACUGGUGGAUGAAGAUGAGGGUGAGGUGGAGGCGUGGAGCAGCGGGAUGGACAAGGUGGAGAGAGAUGGGAACGACCGGGGUCCAAGCAACGACGAUCAUUGCUCUGAGAACUCGAUUGCCGAUGUGGUGGAAGGUGAAGAGGGGUCUGGAAAUUGCGAGAUCAAGGACAAACUGUUUUGCGGCGUGACACGAGAAGACGUACUGACCGAUAAGCAGAAAGAGACCAUGGAAACAGGGUGUGGUGACGAGGUACAUUCGGAGAACAGUCAAUGUAGUGUAGUUGCAGCAGCUGCCGUCAACCAGUUGGCAGGCAAACCAGAUUGCAACAGACUUGGCGACAACGAUCAAGAGACGGAGCUGGACAAUCAAGAAGUUGAUGUCCAUAGCGAAGAACAAGAAAUGGAAGUCUUGUGCGAGGACGGAAAUGGCUGUAAGGAACACGAUUCAGACGAAUCGUUCGCCGGUAUGCCGUUAUCACCUCAUGUUCAAUUUACGAUUGCAGGUGAAGUACAAAAGGGGAAGACUUAUGGCAGUGAGUAUUCAGCAACGGCAGCAGUUGAAGAAACCGAAGCACAAGUUGUACAAGUACAGAGACUGAAGCCAUUAGGUGAUAUGGAAGGCAGGGGUGAGGUGGCGGCGGUUCAUCAGACACACCACACUGAUGCCGGCGAGCAGAGCCAAAAAGCCCCUCCCUCCAGAAGUUGUGAUUCAGACAAGGUGGAGAGCGAGGUUGGAACGGAAGAGUCCUCUUCCAUUGGCAGGCAUGCCAAACAAGGAGAGGAGAAAUGUAGCAUCUCCUCUGAUGCAUCUACCAGGGAUGGUCUUCUGGCGGAACAAGCAUGCCAGCCAUCACAGCAUGGGUCAGAGCGCGGUGGCAAGCAGUCUGUGAGGAGUAAGGGAGGUAGCGAUAACAGCAGCAGCAUAACCGACGGUAAGGUUGUUUUGGAGACGCUUCCAACACCGUCAGGAUAUCACUUCCUUUUAUGUGCAUGUGAUGCUUGCAUCGCAAGUCGCAAGAGCGAUGUGGCUGGUGGUAGUGCGUCUGGGGGCAAAGGUGAGGGUGGAAAGGGAAGGACGAGCGGCAGUGAAGAAGUUACAUGCAGUGGUGUAGAGGCGAGAGCAAAAGGCGAUAGUGUAUCUGGUAGCACCCUUAAUUCUCCCCGGAUGAACGUUACUCCCUCUGAAGGCAUCAGGAACAACGGAAUCGCUGCCGAGGAGACUGUAGGGCUAUCAUCAACGGGCAGUUCCUCCGUGCUGCCUCCUCGCCCUUGUACCCCCCCGCUUACUCCCCCUUGCCCACCGCCUCCGUCAUCGUCUACCUCAUCUUCUUGUGGGGAGGAGCCUCAGGUGGAGCAGAGGUCUAUCCCUGAAGUGCCCCCCACACCAGAUGGGUACCACUUUCUAUUGUGUACAUGCAGCACAUGCGUUGAAAACCGGAAAAAGACAGUCGUACCACCAUCUGCGAUGCCCAAUACCAGAGGCAAUUUUCCAAGAGGAGGAAGGAUGGGGGGGGGGGGCAUGGGAGAUGCCAUGCUGAAUGCAAGUCACAACAGUGGAAGAGGACACACGCGAGGAAAUUUGCCUCAGGAUAUGAGGAGGAGGUGGUCAGGUGAUGGACAGGGCAGAGGCGGGUGUAGAACUACAAGCUGUCAUUCUUUUGACCACGCUGGAGGGCUAUCUGGUCCCGCGGAAUAUCCUCCAGGCGGUCAUCCGCAGGGAGGCAGACGAGGGAGAGAUGAGAUGAACAUGGGUCCCAAGCACGGAGUACACAACUCGUCAUCGGUCAGAGCAUCACACACAGAUGCUCCAAUGGCGCAGUGUCGGGAAAUGAGAGGAGGAGACGGAGCUGAGUGGGUGUCAGGAAGGGGGGGGGAUUGUGGUAGUUGCGUUGGAUCUCCAGGGAAUCUUGUGGGGAAGAAAUCUUUUCCCACAACAAGAGAAAAUCAUUCUAGUCAUCCUCCUCCCCCUGCAGCUGCCAAUGCUCCCGUUGUUCGCCAGGGCAGUGGCAGGGUGGAGAGGGAUUGGGGCGGUGCUCGUGAUCCAACAUCGUCUGAAUCAUCAGGGAGUAGAGUGCACAACCGAUUAGCAUCUCAGGAUCGUGUCGGGGAAAGACAUAGGGGUGAUCUUUUAGGAAGAGGAGCGGGUGGCUACGGUGGUAAUAUUGCGGGUUUCGUUCGAAGCCCUAAUGAAUUGAAACCUGGUUUUUCAGCAACAGGGAAUCACGUGCAGGUUGGAAGGGGGGAGGGGGGCAAUAGACCAGGCAGAGACUCACAGGGAGAAGCAAGUGUUCCAGCACCAGUGCCUGCGGGUGGUUGGUUUAAUUAUGACCAGCAAAUGAACGGCCAAUGCGGGAGGGGAAGAGAUAGGAGGGCAUCGACAGGAGGGCUUGUGGGUGGCGCUGCUCCACCUGCUGCUUGCGAACGUUCUGGGAAUGGGUCGGGAAUCAAUUUUCGAGAUCGGAUGGGGUCGAUGGACGGGAAGUUUGCUUCUCACGACGGGGGCCGCCCGCCACAUUUUGUCCAAGAGAGGAAAUGGAGGGGAGGAGGGAGAGGGGGCCGAGGUGGGUCCUCAUGGGCGGUGGCCGCAGAUGGGCUAGAGGAGAGAAGGUUUUCCGCUACGGGAAUUGCAGAUGAAUUUUACCCUCGACAGAAGGAAGCCGGCAUUGGGAGGAGCCCAAAUGAGGGCCAGGCACAAGGGAGGGGCGGGGUUCCAAACUCCACCAGCUGGAAUGGGAGCAGCGAGUCAUGGUACCCCGGCCAAGGUAGGUCAACGGCCGAAAGUCAAGGGCAUCGGCCACACCAACAUAAUCCGAAUCCCCACGUGCUUGCAGCCGGCAAUGGCAGACCAAUCCAGACCCACUUGGUGAAUGGAGGAGCACCAGAAUGGGGGGUAAGAGGAGGAGGAGGAGGGGGAGGAAGAGGUGGAAGAGGAGGAAGGGUAGGAAGAGGAGGAAGAGAAUGUGGGGAGCAAGGUCGAGGCCGAGGUUGAGGACCCUUGGGAUUGGGUGCCGGGUGCAUAGAACGCGCUCGCAUUCGUGGAGGCAAGGGAUAAACAAUCUGACCAGAU